GAAACCCCUGUUCCGUUUAACCGGCACGAGCAAGUUCUACACAUGCGGCUGCGAGGCUCUCAUUCAAACUGAGACAGUUCUGGAUUUGGAGUUAUAUCACAUCGAAUCAAAUAGUCGUAAAUAACUUGUGACGUGGUCACUUUAUUUUUUAACGUAAGGUAUCUUUUUUGAAGGGGAUCGAUUUCCAAAUCAGUUUAAUUUUUUCAUUGUCCCGCGCGCGCUAUCGUAAAGAUACAUUUUGUGCGCGCGCUAAUUAGCUUACUGGCUAGCAUCGCUUUAUUUUUCACAGGACUGACAACUGCAACGUGUGGAUGUACCUCUGCUCAUCUGCAGUUACAGUUGCACAAUGGCAGUCUGUUUAAUAUCUCAGCACCAAAGGAACAGCAACAUAGCUAGUAUAAUUACAGGAUAGCAAUAGGCCCACACUAUACCUCUUAAUUGUUUUAUGGUCAGUACCGGGUAAAUGCAUUACAAGUUUGCACUGCUAAAUCUCAGAAAUCCUGUUUAAAACAGGCAGGCCUAAAUAAGUUAAUUAUUUAUUUAACCAUUUACCUCUUUCCUAGUUGCUGUUUAUAAGUAGCAUUAUAUAAAUAGCUUCGACAGACCUUAAUUCCCUUUUUUUUUAAAUUGUGAAGCAAUUUCUCUAUAGUCUGCAAUCAUGGUUUCAACAACUGCAACUGCAAUAAUAUUGGCUAGCACAAUGGCAAUAGCAACCCAGACUCCUCUUACAGAGUACAUGUGGCUGCUGAUUAUUGGCUUCAUCAUCGCCUUUGUCUUAGCCUUUUCCGUGGGUGCCAAUGAUGUUGCUAACUCAUUUGGCACAGCCGUGGGCUCUGGAGUGGUCACCUUGCGACAGGCAUGCAUUCUGGCUACGGUGUUUGAGACUCUUGGCUCUGUACUCCUUGGGGCCAAAGUGAGUGAUACCAUCCGCAAUGGUAUCAUCGACAACAGCAUGUACAAUGGCUCUGAGCACGUGUUGAUGGCUGGAUACACCAGUGCCAUGUUUGGUUCUGCUGUGUGGCAGCUGGCUGCCUCCUUCCUUAAGCUACCCAUCUCUGGAACACACUGCAUUGUUGGUGCAACUAUCGGCUUCUCGCUGGUUGCCAGAGGCCAGCAGGGAGUCAUGUGGUACAAAAUCCUCAGUAUCGUUGCUUCCUGGUUCCUGAGCCCCCUUUUGUCUGGAAUAAUGUCAGCCAUUGUUUUCUACUUUGUGCGCAUGUUCAUCUUACACAAGAAAGACCCUGUUCCUAAUGGAUUGAGGGCCCUGCCUGUCUUCUAUGCCAUGACUAUGGGAAUUAACCUGUUCUCUAUCAUGUUCACUGGAGCUCCGAUGCUGGGAUUCGACAAGAUCCCUUGGUGGGGCACCCUGCUCAUCUCAUUGGGCUUCUCUGUGCUGACCGCCAUUGUGGUCUGGUUUAUUGUCUGCCCUCGCCUCAAGAAGAAGAUUGAAAGAGAUAUGAAGUCUUCCAGCCCCUCUGAGAGCCCCCUGAUGGAGAAGAGGGAGCUGAGAGAGGCCCAAUGUCCAAUCUUGAAACAGACUGCCAAGGAGACUACGCCUACCACCCUAGAUGUCAAUCAAAGUCCCUCUGCUCAGCCCCAGGCUGCCCCUGAGGAGCGCAGGGUGGCGUUUGACAUUGGAGAUUCUGACGAUGUUGACAAUAAUAAGGAACGCAAGGUGGCGUUUAACAUCGGAGACUCUGACGACACAGAAGACAGCGACGCAAAUGGUGUCCCCAAACAGGUUCAAUCAAACGGUCAGGUCAACAACCAGCUGGUCCAGCACAGCAAUGGCUCCACAAAUUCAGCCAAUCAGGUCCAGUUCAACAACCAGGUCCAGUUCAACAACAGGCCAGCACAGGCUCCAAGUAACGGUUACAGCCAGUACCACACAGUCCACAAGGACUCCGGUCUCUACAAGGACCUUCUGCACAAGCUCCACCUGGCCAAGGUUGGUGACUGCAUGGGCGAGGGGGGUGACCGACCUAUCCGACGCAACAACAGCUACACCUCCUACACCAUGGCAAUCAUCGGCAUGCACGGAGACUACAAGCAUAAAGAAGGGGACUACCGUGCCUACGAGGAAUGCGACAAGGGCGCAGGGCCAGGGGGUCCGGACAAGAAGCGUGUGCGUAUGGACAGUUACACUAGCUACUGCAAUGCUGUGGCAGAGCACACAACUCCUGAAGCUCUGGGAGAAGGUGAUGUGACACUAGAAAUGACAAAGGAGGAUGCAGCUGGCAGCCAAAGCUCUCUGGAUGAUGGGCUUGAGGCAGACAAGCCAGAAGUCUCCACUCUCUUCCAGUUCCUCCAAAUUCUCACCGCCUGCUUUGGAUCCUUUGCCCAUGGAGGAAACGACGUUAGUAAUGCUAUUGGACCGUUGGUAGCUCUGUGGCUGGUGUACACAACCAGCCAAGUGAUUUCAGAGGAACCCACACCCAUUUGGCUGCUGCUGUACGGUGGCGUGGGCAUCUGCGCUGGACUCUGGGUGUGGGGUCGCCGAGUGAUCCAGACUAUGGGCAAGGACCUUACCCCCAUCACCCCCUCAAGUGGUUUCAGCAUCGAACUGGCCUCAGCCCUGACUGUCGUGGUAGCCUCUAACAUUGGCCUGCCUGUCUCCACCACCCACUGCAAGGUAAGCUGGUCAAACACUGUGGUCUGGGAACCAGACUGAGACACGGGAAGGAGUAUUUAGUGUAAGGGAGGGUACAGUAAACAGGAACCUAGUCUGUGAGACGGUCCAAAUGUGGAGCAACUUUCUCCCCAAUAAAAUUUUUACAUUUUAGGUA